CUUUGUUUCUAUCCUUUGAAUCUCUAUUUAUUUAUACUCCCUCUCCCUCUCUCUUUUUCAUUGACCAAAGGUGAUGAGUCUUUCAACUGUACCUGAUGAAUCACAGUUGCAAAGAGCUCUAUCACUUUUAGAUAAACGACAAGCGCAGCAUCCUUCCACAAACGAUCCUGAUCUAGAAACUCAAUUUUAUAAUGCCGUUUUAGAAUGUUUGUUACUGGAUACUGCUGAUCAUUGGUGGUGUUCUCAUGAUAUAUUACCUUUGGCAAGGGAAUCCUUAUGGCUUUUUUCUUUACCUGAUCAUGAUCAUAUUAUUCAAUAUAAACACAAACUGAAUGAUUUACUCCAACGUUGUCCAAAAUGUAUUCAAUCAUAUUAUGUUUCUAAACAAGAAAUGCGAAAGACUUAUCUGAAAACCUUUUCGCUGGAAAAUGUUAAUCAUUUCUUCAAUAUUUUGGAUUCUUUCGACAAGUCACGACUCUUUACAAGUUUGGAAUCAUCACAAACCACACCAUUGAACGAAAAACUUGUAUGUGCCAUUACAGAACUAGUAUGCUGUCCUUCUUUGAUUACUCAUGUCGACUCUCAACUUUGUGCUUCAUUUGAUCGAAUUCAAGCUGCUGGUCGGUUCCCUACUUUACAAUCGGAUAUGGCUCAAGGUGUUUCUCUAUUGGUAUUUCAUCACCAUCGUGUUAUUCGAUUAUGGGCAAGAAAACUAUUGGAACGAUUCGCAACCGAGGAUACUUCUACAUUUGAUGGUGAUAAUCAGAUCACAAAGGAUUUGACAACAGUGGCAUCCAAAGUUUUUGAACAGUUUUGUAAAGGUCCCCAAGAUGAUGGAAGCAAUAGGAUCUUUCAAUUGAUAUUAUCCAAAACAAACAGCAAUAAUAAUAAUAAUAAUAAUAAUGACGAGGAGGAUCAGCAGUAUUCAAUUCAAACAACACAGGAAUUGGUAGAUAUUUGGAAAGGACUACGACUGAUCUUGAAUCUACUUCCAACUUCGCCUGCUUUGACAUCAUUGACAAAAAACAUACCCAUGCUGACUGUCCUACAACACCAAUUAAUCAACACAACUUACACUAGUAUUGCUCUACCUGAAAUGCUCAAGACAAUGAAUCUACUAUGGACAAGAUUAGAAUAUAGGUUUUGGACAAAUUUGGUGGAGAAUGGUCCAGCAGCACGGGCAUCAACGACUGGUACAACAUUUUACAAUCUCCUCAAACGAGUUUGCGAUCAUCCUGGAUUUCGAAAUGCGACCAAGAUUGCUCAAGAAGAUACGGACAAUAUUUUGACACGAGACGGUACGGCAUAUCCUCAAGACAAACUUAUACAACGAAUGCAGAUCAUGGUAGAUUGGAUUUUUCCUUUUUGGUGUUCUCUGCGACCAUUUGAACAAGAAAUGGGAUUGGAUAUGGAUUUUAUUACGGGACGAAUACUUGAUACUUUACUGGGUUACUUUCAACUCAAAUCAUGGUCUCUUUUGUUCAAGACUUGUACCGCUCAUUUAGCCUUCCAGAUCGUUCAACUUUGUAUUACAGACAAUAAUGGGAUCCCUACUGCAAAACUCAAUGAAUAUGCUCCUCAGUGGAUUUCUUUUGCCCUCAUGGUGCCUACAUCUACUCAAGAAAGCAAGACUACUACUAAUGCUAAUGUACCUCCUUUGCUUGAACACGUUCCGAUGAUGGCUAGAUCUAUUUUGACUGAUCUUCUUUGUCAAGACUCAAGGAUAUUACGUGAUACUUUCAUUACUUUGGCAAGACAAUCCUCCUCCUCCUCCUCCGUUUCCUCAGAUUCUUCUCUACCCUCCACCAUAUCUGAAGGAUAUCAACAAUGUAUGAUCGCCUCCUCAUGUCAAAGUAUCUGGGAUACUCUUGCACUGAAACCAACCAAAUGUCUUGUCACUAUCAUGCCGACUCUACUAGCUUCAAUGGCUCCUCUUGUUUCUUUCAUAAAUAUACAACGACCAGCUGGUAUGACGACAACAUCAUCAGAACCACUCUUGGAUCAUAUACAAGCAUUACGAAAAAUGAUUACUUUGUGUCUUGAUCAUUUGGCUAGUGAUACUUUGUCUAGAAAUAUCUAUGGUAAAACUAUAGUGCUUGAUGCUGGUUUGGUGGAAUCAUUAUUAUCAUUAUUGACUUGUUCUGACGCAAUGAUACGACAUUCAACCAACAAAUUUAUGCUCACAAUGGGAACAACGGCAAAUACACAACAACAGACAAACUUGAUAUUACCUUCACUUCAACCUUUAUUUGUUCAUCAUAGUCCUCCGGUAAUCAUUGAAGCUAUGACAGCCAUUUUGAAAGACUUUAUGGAUCUGAACAAUGCGCGAAUCGAUCGAUACAAUGCGGUAGUACCUCUUGUUGACGUAUUGGCAUAUAUGACUCAGUUUUUGGUGGAAGAUGAAGAUGGAUAUUUGUUACAACUGGUGAUGAUGAUGGCAACUACGACCAAUACAUUAGGUGAUGACCAUGAAAAAGAACAACAAGUGGUGAAGGAUUUUUGGAAUGCGGCAUGGCAAGUGAGUAGUACUGUCUUCAACAGCAGUCUUGAAUGGGCAAGCAAGCACAAACCCAAGGAAAUCCUCGAUAGGGUGAUGCCAUGGAUGGAUAUAGCAACUCAAUUGGCAGGUAGUCGACCCAUGUUCCAAAAGGUAGUGUGUAAUGACUCUUUGGAUGUGGAUACUUUGAUUUCUUCGGUGGAUGGACUAUCAGCUUGGAUUUAUGUGACACGAACUUCUGUUUUGGCGAAAUUGGUACCUUUACUUGAUAUCAUCUUACGACAAUUACAACAACUUCAAAUCAAAAUCUCCAUAGAUGCUUAUGAUAGGCUCAUGUCAGCUGCUACUGGUGUCAAUGCUACUCGAUUAGAACCUCAUGAAAAGGAAAAUAUUUUCUUUGCUCUCAGUGCUCAUGAACCCAACAAUGUGAUCUUUUUGGAUGACAGUGAUGAUGAUACUCAAUUGGAAUGGCAAACUCUCCCUGGUGUUACAAACAAUGAAACUGCUGCUACCACCACUUUUACUUCUUUAUCACCUCCAUCAACAACAACAACAACAACAACAGCAGGAACGACAGUACGAUCAGCAACGUCUUCACCUUCUCCUUCUCGUUCUUCUGUACCGUCACCACCGCCACCAUCAUCAUCAUCAUCAUCAUCAUCAAUACGCCAGUCUUUCAAUACUACAACAAAAUCAUCAUUAUCUACGUCACGUCCUCGGCAGGCUACUCUCAGUGAAACGUUCAAGAAUACUACUGCACCAUCACCAGAAUCAAAUACCUCACGUACUCGUCAUGGUUAUCGGCCCAAUACCAAGAUCACUACCUUUUUUGGCAAUGAUACCAACAACAAGAUUAAUAGCAAUGACAACAAAUCAUUUUCGUCAGAUGAAGAAGAUUUUGGAGAAGAUAUCGACAUGUCAAAUUUACCAGACGAUAUAUUGGAUGGGACAAACUCUUCAAAAGUAUCAUCAUCUGUUUCAUUCGGUUCCAACAAAGUUCAAAGCAAAAGCAAUGAUCGCCACAUUAUACCUCAUGGUGCCACCAGUACAGCUGCCGCAGCGCCUACACCCGCUUUAUCAACAUUAGCAUCUAAACCAGCCUCACGUGUUUUCCCAAAUGCGGUACCCAAGUCUGAAACAUAUGCAGUGACUUCAACAGGAAGAAAACUCAAAGCACCAACUAUGGGUUACUCCAGAAUGCAACAAUUACGUGACGGAUCAAGGAAUGAUCAACGACUAGGAUCCACUACUAAAUCACCUUCUGCUAUUGCCAUGGAAAGACAUCGCCGUGGUCUAGCUCCUGAUAAUGAUGACGAUAGCUCUGACGAUGAAAAUGAAGAUGAUGAUGGGGAUGAAGCCGGAUUACUUGGACUAGUUCAUGAUAUAGAUGAAAAACGCGAAGGUACUCCUCAACGCAUUGGUAAUAUGGUGAUCACACAACAAGAACAGGAAGUACCAUCUUCUAGUUUGCAAGCUUUAUUUGAUACUGAUCAACCUCGAAGAAGUGUUAAACUAAUUGACAUUCCAGGUAGUUCUCGUCAUUUUAUCCAACAACGAUCCCAAGCCAAACAAGUUGAACAAGAAAGAAAACGCAAAAUGAUGCCGGAUAUUGAUUGUUUAUAUAAAUCCAUUUUGUCGUGGUCCCUAGAAAACAUAUCUUCGUCAACAGAAACCCCACCCAACACAUCACUGGAAACAUUCAAUCAUGUGCAAGAUACCUAUGCUACAUACAAGGAUUAUUUUGAAAUAUUUGAACCUUUAUUGUUGCUGGAAGUAUGGUCUCAAAUGCUCCGUGCCAAGGAAAUGCUCAGUGUAAAUGACGUGAUGGAUCGGUUUGUCAUGUCUACUCGGUGUCAUGUCGAUGAUUUCGUUGAUGUGAUCUUCCAAGUACCUUUGUCAGUCAAUACGUCCUCGUUAGGUGCUGAUGAUUUGGUCUGUAUGGCGAAUCAUUUUGGUUCUGAUUUCUUCAACAAGACAACAACUGAAAAACACCAACAAUGGCAUGGAAAGGCUUUCUUAGGUAAAGUCAUGGCGGUAUCUCAAAGAAAAAACUUGGGUGAUAUUACUAUUCGAUGCUUCUUUACUCCUGAUCGUAUUGGUAUUUUAAAUUCUUUAUCUCCCAAAUCUUCAUGGCGAUGUUUAAAAAUUACAAGUUUGACUACGGUGCAACGAGAAUAUGCUGCAUUACAAGGUUUACAAUAUUAUGAAUUGGUCAAAGAUAUUUUACAUCCUCAUCCUACACCUAUGCCUAGUCUUCCUCCUCAAGCAGUUAAGGAUUGUAUUGCAAAAUAUGGUGUUAAUCAACCUCAAGCUGAAGCUAUUAUUGGAGCCUUAAGAAAGAAGAAAGGGUUUACUUUGAUCCAAGGACCUCCAGGUACAGGGAAAACAAAGACAAUUCUAGGUCUUGUGGUGACAUUAUUAGAUCAACAACAAAAACAGAAGAAACAUUCUCCUGGUACGACUUCAGGCAAGAUACUUGUAUGUGCUCCAAGUAACGCGGCUGUGGAUGAAAUCGCGAAAAGAUUGAAAGAUGGUAUUGUGACGGCAGAUGGAUUAGUCAAACCAAAUGUGAUACGUAUUGGUGUAGCAGAUGCUGUGAAUGCAAGUGUGAAAGAUUUGGUUUUGGAUCGAUUGAUUGAAAAGGAACUUGCUCCCACUAUGGCCGAAGAAAAUGGGAUCGAUUAUAGUGGUGGUGUCAACAAUAUGCGAAUGUAUCAAGCUAGACGGGAAAAGGCCCAAGAAAUCAUGAAAACAUUGCAAUUGGAUAUUGAACAAGUGGAUCGUGACUUGGCAAGUACAACAGAUUUACGAUUGACAGCGGACUUACGGGCCAAAAGGAAACAACUCUUUCAACAAAAGGAUCGUCAACGCGUGAUUUUCAAAGAUAUCUUGGAAGAUCAACGUGAUCAUGUCCGAAACUUGGAUGCUUCUCGACUUCGUGCUCGACAAAAAGUAUUUGCAGAGUGUGACAUUGUUUGUGCUACUUUGAGUGGUAGUGGACAUACGAUAUUAUCUGAAAUGGGCUUGACAUUUAGUACAGUGAUUGUGGAUGAAGCGGCUCAGGCAGUAGAAUCUAGUGCAUUGAUUCCUUUGAAAUAUGAUUGUCAGCGUUGUAUUCUUGUGGGUGAUCCCAAUCAAUUACCUCCUACCGUUAUUUCGUUAUUGGCAAGCAAAUUUAGUUAUCAACAGAGUUUAUUUGUGCGUUUGGAAAAGAACGCUCCUGACAAUGUCUAUUUACUUAGUAUCCAAUAUCGUAUGCAUCCAAAUAUUAGUGCCUUCCCAAGUGCAUUGUUUUAUCAAUCAAGAUUAUUGGAUGGACCCAAAAUGGCGGAAAAUACGGCAGCAGUUUGGCAUACUAAUCCAUCUUUUCCUCCCUAUCUAUUUUUGAAUGUCAAGGAAGGUCAAGAAAUGCAAGGUUAUGGAUCUUCUUUUUAUAACUUAUUGGAAGCCGAUGCUGCAGUGGCUUUGGUAGACAAAUUGGCCAAUUCCUUCCCUACACUAAAGCUUGCUUAUAAGAUUGGCGUCAUUACACCCUACAAACAACAAGUCAGUCAAUUGAAAUCUAGAUUUGAACGUCGGUUUGGAAGCAAAAUUCUAGAAGUGAUUGAUUUCAACACAGUGGACGGGUUCCAAGGUCAAGAAAAGGAAAUCAUCAUUUUUUCCUGUGUCCGUGCAAAUGCUGGUGGUGCUCAUGGUGGUUACGGUGGUGCUAUAGGAUUUUUAUCAGAUAUUCGACGUAUGAAUGUAGGAUUGACACGUGCCAAACGAUCAUUAUUUAUCUUGGGUCAUGCUCAAUCUUUGAAAGGCGAUCAAUAUUGGGGAAAUCUAGUGGAGGAUGCCAAAGAACGAAAACUAUUCCAAGAUGUAACUUGAAAUAUAUUUGUUUUGAUGAUGAAUUUUAUUCAAUUUUUUUUUUUUUUUUGUAUAGUGUGUAUUCCCAUAUCUUGAUCAUCGGUUACUUCCUAAUCAACGACCAAGCAAUUUGUAUGAAUCG